CUACCUCACUGCCCCUCCCCCUCUGCAGAAUAAACGGUGAGGAAGUGAAAGUGAAAGUCAGUCUCCAUUUUGUGUGGAGGGGAAAAUACAGCAUUUCAGGAGUAAAAACACAGGUUUGAUUUAACACACCGAUGUUGGAGUGAAGUAAACGUGUGUCCUGCUGUAAUCUGGAGAAGGAGACAUGACCUCCAACAUGAGUGUGUCUGGAGAACAGGACUUAAAGAGAGACGAGAGAAUGAUGGAGGGAAAGAGAUCAGACUCACCAGAACCCAGCUGUGUGUCCAUGAAGAGUGACGAGUCAAUGGAUCUUCCACUUCACUUCAGAGACGGAGCCAGUUCUCCUGAUGUGAGACCACAACAGAAGAAAUCAAACCUCAGCAGAAAUCAGUUGGACUCCAUAUUCAAGGAGCUGGAACACAAAGUCAUCACUCUGAUAAAGAAUGAGCUGAAGAGGUUUAGGAAGCUCCUGAGUCCAGAUUACCCAGCAUGCACUGAGAGGGAGGUGGAGGAUGAGGAGGAUGUGCACAGUGUCAGAGACGGAGCGCUGAAGAUCACACUGCACGUCCUGAAGAACAUGAACCACACAGAUCUCGCUAACACACUGCACAACAAACUCGUCUCUGUGUAUCAGCCAAAGCUGAAAUCCAGCCUGAGAGAGAAGUUUAAAAGAAUUAAUGAAGGAAUCUCACAGCAUGGAAGCUCAGCACUUCUGAAUGAGAUCUACACAGAGCUCUACAUCACAGAGGGUUGGAGUGGAGACGUCAAUAAUGAACAUGAGGUGAGACAGAUUGAGACAGCGUCCAGGAGACCAGCAGCACAGGAGACACCCAUCAAAUGUAACGAUCUCUUUAAAGACAAGUCCAUCAGAAGAGUGCUGACUAAAGGAGUUGCUGGAAUUGGAAAAACAGUCUCUGUGCAGAAGUUCAUUCUGGACUGGACUGAAGGAAAAGCAAAUCAGGACGUCUUCUUCAUGUUUCCACUUCCCUUUAGAGAGCUGAAUCUGAUGAAGCAGAAACAUCUCAGUCUGAUGGAUCUUCUUCAUCACUUUUUCCCAGAAAUAAGAAAACUAGAAGUAAUAGACUGUGACUCCUACAAAGUGGUGUUGAUCUUUGAUGGUCUGGAUGAGUGUCGACUUCCUCUAAAUUUCCAGAAGAAUGAGAGACUGUGUGAUGUGACAGAGUCAGCCUCAGUGGAUGUGCUGCUGACGAACCUCAUCAAGGGGAAUCUGCUUCCCUCUGCUCUCCUCUGGAUAACCUCUCGACCAGGAGCAGCCAAUCAGAUCCCUCCUGAGUGUGUAGACCAGGUAACAGAGGUACGAGGGUUCAGUGAUCCUCAGAAAGAGGAGUACUUCAGGAAGAGGAUCAGUGAUCGGAGCCUGGCCAAUAAAAUCAUCUCACACAUGAAGUCUUCAAGAAGCCUCUACAUCAUGUGCCACAUCCCAGUCUUCUGCUGGAUCUCAGCCACUGUUCUAGAGAGAAUGUUGGGUGAAGCAGAGAGUGGAGAGAUCCCCAAGACUCUGACUCAAAUGUUCACACACUUCCUGAUCUUUCAGAUCAAACACAAGGACCAAAAGUACCAUCAGAAAUGUGACCCUGAUCCUCAGCAGACCAGAGAGAGUAUCCUGGCACUGGGAAAACUGGCUUUCCAACAGCUGGAGAAAGGAAACCUGAUCUUCUAUGAGGAAGACCUGAGAGAGUGUGGCAUUGAUGUGAGAGAAGUGUCAGUGUACUCAGGAGUGUGUACCCAAAUCUUCAGAGAGGAGUUUGGGCUUCACCUGGGGAAGGUGUUCAGCUUUGUACAUCUGAGUGUUCAGGAGUUUCUGGCUGCUUUAUAUGCAUUUUUCUGCUUUAUUUUUAGAAAGACAAAUGUGUUAGUGGAGCAAAGCACUGGACUUUUUAAUUUCUUCAGAAAGUCAGACAUGUGUGAUCUCCUCAGGAGUGCAGUGAACAAGGCCUUACAGAGUGAGAACGGACACCUGGACCUGUUCCUCCGCUUCCUUCUGGGUCUCUCACUGGAGUCCAAUCAGACUCUCUUACGAGACUUAAUGCCACAGACAGGAAGCAGCUCUCACAGCAAACAGGAAACAGUCGAGUACAUCAAGGAGAAGAUCAGGGAGAAUCCAUCUCCAGAGAAAUCCAUCAAUCUGUUCCACUGUCUGAAUGAACUGAAUGAUCAUUCUCUAGUGCAGGAAGUACAGCGUUACCUGAACAGAGGAGGUCUCGGUCGUCUCAGGGGAACCAGAUUCUCUCCUGCUCAGUGGUCAGCUCUGGUGUUUGUGUUACUGAACUCAGAUCAGGAGCUGGAUGUGUUUCAUUUGAGGAAAUAUGACCCAUCAGAGGAAUGUCUUCUGAAGCUGCUGCCAGUGGUCAAAGCCUCCAGAAGAGCUGAAAGAGUUUCACUUUUUACACCAACACGUUACGUCUGCACUGAGGGCGGGGCCAUGUGGACAAAACCUUCUAUCACCAUUUAUUACCUUUUCUCUAAAACUGAUGAAGAAAUGAUCUCUACAGAAUAACUGCAUGUAUUCAUCACUGCUUUCUGAUCCUUUUGUGAUCUAAACACCAGUGAAAGGCACUUUUUCUUUUCUCCUUUUAUUUGAAAGUGACAUUGAACAGAACUUCACAAACGAGAAGAAGAAAAACAGAACACUGUCACCAUGGGAACAAUAUGAAUACAGCAUGUGACACUGGUGAUAUAGAGGAUAUAGGAAAAUAUCUAUCAAUAGACAUGACUGAUUAUUCUAUUUUCUGGUCCUAUGAUGUGUAUCAGCGUAUCACACCGCCCAAUCUGCACUGAGGGACACGUGAGAGUGUCGUGGAAAACAAUCUUUCCAACCUAAGUUAAACUCUUCAGAGACAGAGGGUUUGUAGAUGCCAAAGGUCAUCAAACUUUAUUGAAACAACAAAGUGAGACAGUCUGCAGAAAGUCUGAAUUAUACACACACACACACGUCUUUAUAUACUUUUCUGAAGCAGUAAAAUUAUCCCCAGGCGGGGCAGUAACCUCUUCUUUCUAAAAACAAACCAAUCUCCAUCGCCUUCAUGAAUUAUUCAUAUCUAUAUGAUACCUUACAUUUGUGGUGCAUGCGUUGUCAGUUGGAUUUUCUUAAAGGUUUUAUUGGGACAAGGUCAUUUUUUGCAGCGUUUGCGCCUUGCGUUGAAUUUUCUGAAAGGUUUCAUCAGGACAGGAUUUUUACCCCGUCCCAGAUUUCCCCCUUAUACCUUAAUGACCUUCUGGCUUUAGUCCCAGCCUGGUACACUUCCUCCUGGAAGUCUGAUCUGUUAUUGUGACACUGGUAUUGAAGCUUAAAGGGCUUUGAUUGGAAACACAGUUCUGGUGAAUGUCUAAUUGCUCAUUUAUUGCCAGAGUAAAGCUGCUUUAGACAAAACACACGGUUCUUCUAACUCCGUUUACACAGGACAUACAGAGAUGCAGAAAAACACCUGAUGUUCAGUAACACAUAGACGUCUUCUAGCUCACUACACACUUACAAUAGAACUUGAUUAAAACUCUUCUGUGCUUUUUCACUUUCACACC